GAAGGCAUUUAUUCGCAAAUUGUCAAAACGAUCGAAUCGAAUUGAAAAUCGCUGUUAAUUGUUUCUUUUUUCUUUAAUUUUUUUCGUGUAUUUAUAUUUUAAUAAUAAAAAAUAUAGACGGGCCUUAAGAAUUCUCGGUGCUCCCGUUCUUAGUGAUUUUACCACCUAAAAGGGUGCCAAUAAAAUGAAUGACUCUGAUUAAGAGAACCAUGUUAUCAAAAAUAUGAUCUUUAUAUUAUUUUUGAAAAGUGUACAAAAAUUAAAACAUAAAUAAAUAAAUAGUCAAGGAGACAUUUUAAAAACCUUAACAUUGGAUUAGUGUAUAGUGAAAAAAAAAAUAAAGUUUGAGAAAAAAUAUAGACCUAGCAAGAAGAUCCAGCUCUUAACUAUUGCAAUAGACUAAGGACCAAUGUCCUUUUGUUUAUAACAAAAGGUCACUCUCAAAACAACACAGCUUUGUGUUUUUUGUUGUUGUUUUUGUGUGAAGAAAGAAGAAUUGAAUUUCGGCUUCGGUUUGCUGUAAAGAUUCGUGUUUAAUUCACGUUAAUGAAAUACCGUAAUAAUCGCGGCACAAUACUCCAAAUACAAUUCAGGACUUUUUUGAUGAAAAAACAAUUUUGGCACAGGAAACGGUGUUUCCAAGACGCAUACUGAACUAUUUAUCGCAAAAUAACUUGAACUUGUCAUUCCUAAUCGAAGCUUUAACGGAGAUGUAAAUAACUCGCCCCCACUAACC